GCAAACACGGUUAGCGGUAGCAAGAACGGGCUAGCAUAGUACCGAUCCUUCCUGAUCCUCAAGCCAUAUGAUGGUUCUUGCAGAACGAAUGACGGCGAUUACCUGUUCGUGGUAUAUCAUCCCAAGAUUCACGCUCGCGAAAAUCCCACCCUAAAAGAUAGGACAGCGACGCAUAGAAAGAUGGGAGUACUCCUAUUUUUGGGAUAGUUUGGCGCCUCCACAAUCCCUUCCUUCAUUCCGCCGCGUGCUGUAGCGGCCAUGGCUGACAGAAAGUCCCAUCUGCUCAAAUCGCUCACAAUAUUCGCAGCGCUCGCGCUACUGCUGGGCCUAAUCAUCGCAGUCAUCGUCUGGAAGCAGCCCUCUGAUGAAAACCCGGCGCUCUUUCGGCUUCCCAACAGCACGCGCGGUGCCAAAUGCCUGGACGGCAGCCCUCCAGGAUACUAUUUCCGCCGAGGCAGGGACUCAGGACGCCUGAAAUGGCAUAUUCACCUGCCCGGGGGCGGCUGGUGCGUCACUGUCGCGGAAUGCGCGAAGCGGGCGCGCACACGAUACGGCUCGACCAAAGGAUACCCUGAGACGCCUCCCAAAUACGUUUCUUUUGAAGGUAUGCUGAGCCCCAACAAGAGCUUAAACCCCAGCUUCCAUAACUGGAACCUCGCGAGGCUGGUCUACUGCGACGGAGGGGGCUACGCCGGCACCAGAGGGCGGGUGAACCUCAGCGAUGGCACCUUGCUUGGUCUCAACUCGGCCGCCCCUUCUUCGGCCGUCCCUUCCUCGGUCACUUCGUCGAAAACCGCGAGGCUCGCUGCAGCAACGGAUCCGAUAUUGGAGGCGAUCGGACCAAUGGAGUCAAUGGAAUCAAUGGAGACAAUGGAGUCAACCGAGUCAAUGGAGUCAACUGAGUCACCGGAGUCAACGUCAAACGAAUCGCCUGCUUCAGCCAUUUACCUGGACGGUUGGAACAUCGUCCAGGCCGUGCUGAAAGACCUCCAUAAAAGGCGUGGCAUUGGCUCUGCCACAGAGAUUUUGCUUACGGGCAGUUCGGCUGGUGGGCAGGCCGUGGCAAACCUCUGUGACUGGCUGGCUUCUUCAUUCCCUUCUGUCUCCGUCCGGUGCCUCAUAGACGCGGGCUUCUUCCUCGACACAAAGGAUCGUUUUUCGAGGCGGACAUUCCGCAUGCUCGCACAGAACCUCACAUCGCUACACCAACCACUCAACCCCACUUGCACACAUGCUGCCAACCAAUCAGAGCAAUGGAAAUGCUUCUUUCUACAGCACACUCUUCCCAACAUAUCCACCCCGGUCUUCCUCUUCCAAACGCCCUUCGACUAUGCCGCUGCCUGGAUCGGGAACCUCUUGCCUUUCAAUUAUGCUCAUUCGCUGCGAUGCUUGAGGGAAAUACUCUACACCCAAAAAAGUAUCGCGGCUACAGUGAGAAACAAAGUAUGGGGCGAGUUGAGGUGGAGUUUCAAGUCGGCAUGCUUGAAGCCGGAGCGCGAUUCCUUGUUCUGGACGGCGUUGAAUUUGUAUGAGCAACUGAAGACGGUCUUACGGCAAAAGACAUCAAUUGGGGUUUAUAUUCCAGUAUUGUUCGUGCACACAUGCAUCGCGAACACAUGUUGGAAUGAGCCGUGGAUCAACCACACAUCUUUGGCUGAUGUGGUUGGUAGAUGGGAAAAUGCCGAGUCACAAAACGCGUCUACCGUACUUGUAGAAUGAAAUGUAGAAAAAAAAGUAUUGGAUGGUUCUAUAUCUGAACGAAGUUGAUACAUCUUGUCUGCCAACCAAUCAGAGCAAUGGAAGUGCUUCUUUCUACAGCACACCCUUCCCAACAUAUCCACCCCGGUCUUCCUCUUCCAAGCUCCCUUCGACUAUAUUGCUGCCAUGAUUGGUAACCUCCUGCCUUACAAUAUGACAUAUGCAAAAACCUGCUUAGAAGAGAUACUCUUCACCCAAAAGAGUCUCGCGGCUACAGUGAAAAACAAACGGUGGGGCGAGUUGCGGUGGAGUUUCAAGUCGGCGUGCUUGAAGCCGGAGCGCGAUUCCUUGUUCCAGAUGGCCUUGACUCUAUACGAGCAAGUGAAGAUGGUGUUACAAAACAAGGCAUCAUGGGGUGCUUACCUUCCGCUGUCAUAUGUGCACACAUGCAUCGAACACACACGUUGGAAUAAGCCGUGGAUGAACCACACAUCUAUGGUUGAUGCGGUUAGUAGAUGGAAGAAUCAUGUGAUGCGAAAUGAGUCAAUGACA